AUUCAGUAUUAUCAGCCGUUGCUCCAAGCGCCAUACGUCUCGGUUGUCAGGGCUAUCUUGUCAAUACUAUCCACAAUAAUGAAAAUAGAAGAGGUUCGCAGCACAUCGAAAACUCAGAGAAUAGCAGCCCAUACACACAUCAAGGGCCUUGGGUUAGAUGAAACUGGCACUGCUCUGUCAAAUGCAUGUGGACUUGUUGGUCAAGAGUGCGCGCGUGAAGCCGCUGGUAUUGUAGUAGAAAUGAUUAGAUCAAAGAAAAUGGCUGGACGUGCAGUUUUAAUGGCAGGGCCUCCAGGGACUGGGAAGACUGCAAUAGCUUUAGCCAUUGCUCAGGACCUUGGUGGGAAAGUUCCAUUUUGCCCGAUGGUUGGAAGUGAGGUUUACUCUUCCGAAAUAAAGAAGACGGAAGUUUUGAUGGAGAACUUCAGGCGAGCGAUAGGUUUGCGCAUAAAAGAGAUCAAAGAAGUCUAUGAAGGAGAAGUAACCGAGUUAACUCCGGUAGAAACAGAAAGUCCAACUGGAGGUUUCGGCAAAACAAUCAGUCACGUUAUUAUCAGUUUGCGUACUGCUAAAGGUGUCAAACAAUUGAAGUUAGACCCAUGUAUUUAUGAGAGUCUUCAGAAAGAACAUGUUGAGGUCGGGGAUGUAAUUUAUAUCGAAGCCAACUCCGGUGCAGUCAAGCGUCAGGGAAGAUGUGAUGUUUAUACAGCUGAAUAUGAUUUAGAAGCUGACGAGUAUGUCCCUCUUCCAAAAGGGGAAGUCCAUAAAAAGAAAGAUGUUGUUCAGGAUGUCACACUUCACGAUCUGGAUGUAGCAAACGCCCGACCUCAAGGGGGGCAAGAUAUUGUCUCAAUGAUGGGUCAGCUAAUGAAACCGAAAAAGACGGAAAUUACAGAUAAACUAAGGAAGGAAAUCAACAAGGUUGUUAAUAAAUACAUAGAUCAAGGCAUCGCUGAACUUGUUCCUGGUGUGUUGUUUAUUGAUGAAGUACACAUGCUAGACAUCGAAUGUUUCACUUAUCUUCAUCGGGCACUCGAAUCAACAAUCGCACCCAUCGUUAUUUUUGCUACCAAUCGGGGGAAAUGUACCAUCAGAGGCACUGAAGACAUUAUUUCUCCUCAUGGAAUCCCAUUAGAUUUACUAGAUCGUGUUAUGAUCAUACGUACCCUUCCCUAUUCUUGUGAAGAAGUAAUCCAAAUCCUACGUAUACGUGCACAAACUGAAGGGAUAAAAGUAUCUGAACAAGCAUUCACUUGCCUUGCAACUGUCGCUACAGAUACAACUUUACGAUAUGCUGUCCAACUUUUGACCCCGGCGUGUCGUCUUGCUCAGUUGAGUGGAAGAGAUGAAGUCGAACCCUCAGAUAUCGAAGAAGUAAGGUCUCUAUUUCUUAAUGCAAAACAAUCUGCCAAAAUACUCACAGAACAUGAAAAUCAGUUUAUGCGCUGAAUAUAUGUAAUGUUAUAGUGUGUGCAUAAUUUUGUAAACAAAAAUACUUGAUUAUUCACUCUUA